AUGUCAUCCUUCUUGCGCCUUCGGACGAUGUCCAAAUCCAUGCCGCUAUCUAUGCGUCGCACACCAUUACUACGAACCUAUGCCACCAAGAACGACGGCAAUGACUCCCAAACAACCCACCAACAGGACUCCCCAAAUCACCCUAUCCCCUCCAACAAGGCCCACCCAACCCUUCGCGACGGCAACCAGUCGCCCCUCGCAGACCAAGAUGGGAAUCUGAAGGACGAUCUGCCGGCAGAUGUCAAGAAGCACAACGAGGAGAUGGAAGAGCGAUAUGACAAGCCAUACAACCAUACCGGUGAUCAGGGGGAGACGGAGCCAUCAUUCAAGUCUAAGAAUUAG